AUGUCUUCAAAUUCAAUCCUUGAUAGUUACCAAUGCAAUCAAUGCAAAGAGCGCCACACCAAUUUAAAAAAAGCCAUGAGUUAUAGAGCUCAAUGCUUUAAGAACCAUCAUAGAAGACAUAAUGAUAUCCAGACUUCGCAAACCACGCCUGUUCCUAACCAAGUCAGUGUUGUUUUGAACACUGUCUUGAACGACACUAUCGACAGAGAACGUGCUGAUGCAAUCGAAGAUCAGAUCAUGGAUAUACUCAACAGCGAAGAUAACGAUGAUGCAAUUAUGAAUAUCUUCAGUAAUGAUGACAAUGAUGAGUCUAUGUAUGAUGCGAAACUUGGCAACGACAUGGAUAUCAUUGAAAACGAAACAUCUCCUUUGGUUUUUGACUUCAGUCAGCCUGCACCUAACCCUGACAAAGACGAUGCAAAGAACCUUGAGUUUCUCAAGAUCAUUAAGGAUUUUGGUAUCUCCUGCAAUGCCCAUGAAAUGAUAGUCAAGCAUUUCAACAGCAUUUUGGAAACGUCGACUUGUAUUACAUACAGAGCAUGUACUCCCCAUCUUGGCAAAAAGCUUUUGAAGCGUUUCUCGGGUGUUGAAGAGACAGUCCAUGAUAUCUGUCAGAGGGGAUGUAUGCUCUUUACCAGUCCAUCCCAGACUGAGUGCUCCAACUGUAGACAAAGCCGGUACAAAACAAGACGCGGAGAAACCAAGGGUGAUGAUCUGGUUGCUGCUGCCACGAUGAUGCAGCUUCCAUUGGCGAGACAACUGGCUCUUGCAACUUUGCCCAGCACCAAUAUCCGUACGCUGGAAAGUUUCCAGAAUUUUUCCCAGGCCAGUGCAUCCAGCCGCAAAGGGUUAAACGGACAAUCCCCCCUGGCAACAUUGAAGGUAUUCUCUGGACCAUUGUUUUUUGCCCUCGAUGAGAUGCAUGGACUUUGCCAUGGAAUAAGCAAGCAGAUCUGGGGUUUGGCUUCUGGUACCUACAGAACAGACCAUUGUUUUGCUCUUUCUUCUGGUAUUCAGAAGGAGAUCGGUACAGCAAUGUACAAAACAAGAAAUACCAUCCCUACAUCCUUCCAUGGCGAUUGGAGGGAUGUAUACAAGAACCCCGGGUCGUUCAAGGCUGUUGAUUGGGCAGACUUUCUUCUGUUUGUCGUCCCUAUGCUGGUGGCAGAGCGUAUUGGAGAUGCAACUGCCCGGAACGCGUUACUUGGCUUGGUUCAAGCAUGUAACCUACUAAUGAGCUGGGAGUUAUCAGCAGAGGAACAAGCCUCUAUCAAAAGUAAACUUGAAAUAUGGAACAUGUACCUGGAAUUGCUGCUUACAAGUGGAAAAAUCAAAAUCAAUAUUUUCACUAUAAACCAGCAUCUUCUUCAGCACUAUCCUCUCAUGAUCGACGCAUACGGCCCACCUCGUGCAUAUAGCGCCAGAUCCAUGGAACGGGCAAUUGGUGAAUACUCAAGGGCUACCAAGAGUAAUUCUGCUAUAAAUGUUAACGCUGGCAAUAUCAUGCUUGGCUUAGCACAAAUACGACAAGCAGAGGCCGGAGCCACUGUCAUGAUUACAGAAGCAAGAACAGCACAACACUUACAAUAUGAAGAUUCCACUGCUGGUUGGCCGUUGACAGAUGAGGACUUCUACGAAUCAAAGGGGGAAGAGUGUAGUAUGAUUGAAGCAGCUAUACAAACUAGCCGCAAGGCAUUUGUCAAUGGUUGUGUGAUUGACUUUGCACUCGACCAAAAUUGUGUAAGGGAGGCACAUAACAUCAGAUUACAGAUUCAGGUUGAUGAAAACUGCAACAUAAAUUCUGCAUACUCCCUGGUUUACAAGGAUUUCUUCGGAAAAGUUGUUGUCUUCUUUGAGCACAAGCUCAACAAGAAGAGGUGGCUGCUUGCUCUUGUAGAGAUUGCAGCAGUCCGUUUGGUAAAUGGUAUACCAGUUGUUAACAAUGGGCAAAUGAAGCCAAAGGUAGUUCACCUGGCAGAUGUCAAAGAAUUGGUUGUCAUCAAAUGCAAUCUACAUUUACUAAAAAUAAGUAAUAAAGAAAUCAAAACAAAUGCUUGCCCUCAAGAGAAACUGAAAGAGUGUAAUGAAAUAAAACCCAAAAGCAAUAUUUCCAUUGUAUCUUACACAGAGCUUGUCUUCUUUGAUACACUCGCACUUUUACAAAUACUCACACUCACACUCACACUCACACUCAAAUUCAAUCAUACACUUGCUCCCCGUCCAUCAAAAGAACAUGCAGAUUUGAUUGCUAGAUUAGAUGCAAUGCAGCAAAGCCUGAAGGAUAUGGAUUCAAAAGUUGGCUACAUUGUCAAAGGCAACGCUGAUGAUUUAGAAGUUCUGGAUACUCUUACUGGAACUUCUAAUAAUGUUCUUGAGAUUGCUCCCACCUCUCACUAG